GUUAUUUUUCUGUGGACUUCUGUGCAGUGUAAUUCUGGAGACAGUUGUUGGUUCACAGGUCGUCUAAUACCAACGCUUUUAGGUUGGUGGUUUGUUGUGACUAUAUUUCUCCAGAAUUGCAUUCAGCACAUUUAGUUGGAGCAACAGUAAGACUAAAUGUGUAAGAAAUAAACAACCAUAAUGUGACAAUUUUAUAAUUCCUGAAACAUGGACAAACUCAAUUAAUCACUAAAGAGGUUGACUUUUUGAUUGUUGUUAUUUUAUGGUCUAUUAAGUAAUGUUUUCCUUUCUGUUCAUCCACAUGCCCUUCUGGGAGUUUCCUCGCCUGGCACACAAGCUGCGCUUUGCUGAAAGCCUCCUGGGCCGAGCAUAAAUCACUCCCACUGGCAACACUCCAGAGUUUCCCUUUCCCUCAUAUCUCACUGCUCCUGGCUCACAAAACAGAUUCAGGGACACCCAACAACCGUGAUUCAUCCCACACUGACUCUAACCCAGAGUGCGCUGCCAGGAACAGCAGCUCACAGAGGGAGUUUGCCUCCUGUGCUGUGGAUGGCUGAUGUCACGCCAGUCCAUUAAAGCCAGAGUACGAGGGAAGCGUGUGUCUGUCAGGCCGUAUUACAUGAGGACGACAGUGAUGGACUGCCUCUGGGCUACAGUUGGAACCUCUCUUUCCAAUCCUCCAUCCGACUCUUGGAGCAACCUUAUGAAAUCAGCCCAUGGUCCAUAUCCGUGCUCCAUCUGCCAGCUUUGCUGAAUCCAAAUGUUCCUCACAGCGUGAUCAGGCUGAACGCUGCAGCAGCUCCAGCACACAGCCUCCUGAAACACUGAUGUCACACAGACCCUAAAAACUCAGUCAGUGCGGAUAUCAAUCUUCUCAUUUUUGUCCAACUCAGAGGAUAGUCAAGACAAAACCCUGCAACAAUGGCCAGAUCCCCUUAUCCUCUUGGAGCCAACCUAAACCCAGCAGAAGCCUUCAGAAAGAUGAGGAGGAUCAUUGCUGAAGAUCCAGACUGGCACCUGAACCUAGUGCCUAGUUUGUCAAACCUGUGUCUGCAAAGCAUUGUGAGCAAUUUUGAGGAAAAGCCCAUAUUUGAAGUCCUCACACCCAUCCAGAAAGACUUUGUGCUGGAGAGACUGUCUACUUCCCUGCCUCUGCAUGUGACAGCCAACUUGAUCAGCGAUAGUGUCUAUUGGAAGCGGUGCUGCGAGCAGCGGUGGGACAUUUGUGAUGUCUCUCAUUACGGCCACAGCUGGAAACGAAUGUUCUUUGAGAGGCACCUGGAGGACAUUAUUGAACUUUUUAUCCCAGAUGUAACAGAGACAAAGACGGUUCUACAAAUAGUACCUCUUUGUAAGAACUACGUCAAGAGGCUGGACAUCUCUCAACUCCUGCCACCCAUCAAGGAACCGCAGAAGGAGGAGGAUGAAUAUGGCUCAGAGUUGGCAAGUGUCAAUGAGUAUGACGGACCAUCUAUGGACCACUUUGACUUUAACAUCCUGCUUAACAAGCUGACAAACCUAGAAGAGCUCCAUUUGGUGUACAGGGUCAAACAAUGUGGUAUGAACUUUGAAGGGAAGAUGUUUGAGAUGACAGACAGAGACUGUGAAUCCCUCGCCAAGGCCCUGAAGUCCUGUAAGACUCUGAAGCUUCUAAGGCUCCGUCUGAGCCACAUUGAGGAUAAAAAGUGCCGUCUGCUUGUGAAAUACCUUUUGGACCACCCGUCCCUGAGGGAGCUCGACUUCUCUCAUAACAUGAUCGGAGACAGAGGAGCCAGAGCCAUUGGCAAGCUGCUCACCAGGAGUAAACUGGAGAUCCUGAACGUGUGUGACAACGACAUCAGAGGUCCGGGAGCCAGAGCUAUAGCUCAUGCCUUGUCCAAGAACUCCACCCUUUUGUCAAUCAACCUGCGUCUCAACCGUUUGAGAGAUGAGGGCGGGCAGGCUAUUGGCAAGGCCUUGCUGAACAACAACACCCUGCUUCACCUGCACCUGGGAGCCAAUGAGGUAACUGGGCCCACUGCCAUCGUGCUGUCUGAAGUCCUGGUUCAGAGUCACACCCUGAGGAGCAUCAAUCUGUCCUGCAACAACCUGGGUGUGGAUGGAGGUAAAGCCCUGGAGAAGGCCAUGUCCCACAACACCAGCGUAACAGAAUGUGACAUACGUCUGACGGAGGUUGACGAGCAAAGCAUUUCCUUCAUCAACCAAGUGGUGCGGACCAACCAGAGAUUAGAAGAGGAGAGACGUGCUCAAGAGCUUAAAACCAAGUAAACAUCCAGUGUUCCUGUUUAUCGUAAAAACCCAUGUUUGCUAGUCAUGAAUUCCUGCUUCUCCUGUAUUCAUUUAGCCACAGAGUAUGACCACUGUAUGCCAAGUCAAACUGAACAAAAUUUAUAGGUUUUCAUAGUAGGCGUUCCCGAGAGGGGAAACAAAAAAAUCAAUUCUUACCAGCUUUACAUUUUUGUUGCCAUUUUGAUAUUUGAUGCUGCACAUUUCUGAUUAAUUGGCAAAAUGGAAAUGAUGUGAUUUCACAUCAGGAUGUGUCUACUAUCUUGUCCUUUGCUUCUGCUUAAACAUUUUUUGAUUUGACCAUAAAGCCAUAAUGUAACAGUUGAUGUAACCGAAUCAGAAUUAUGUCAGUCAAAUCGAAUUUGGCUGUUCAACACGAAUAUUCGACAAUUUGUUUACAAAGAAAGUGUGGUCUGAACAGGCUCCGCGGGACGUUCAGUGUGACAGCCGCAUUCACGUCACAGUAAUCAAACUAACAACAACAUUCACCACUUCUUCACCUUAGAGUGCAGCCUCUCUCUCCCUCUAUGCCACUGCAGCAUGUCAGCAGCUGCAGAGUCACAUGAAAGUCAAGGGCAAUCACUCCACAGCAAAAUCUGGGGACCGAAACAUUCCAGGAAGUACACUGCACCGAAAAAAACACUGCUCAACUUAAAGCAAUCUAAGUCAAUAGAGGGUCUGACUGAUGAUUCAAGUCUCUGACUUAAAAGUGGCAGCCCAUAAUAUGACCAUAACUUUAAACAAACCAACUUUAAAACCUACAAGCACAGUGACUGUCCCAGCUG